CUCAUUCAGCUCCUCCAUUCUCUCUCUCUCUCUCUCUCUCUCUCUCUCUCUCUCUCUAGAUCAACUCUAUCUCUUAAGUGAUGUGAUUUUCCACCAUAUCUACAAAAUUUUACCUUAGAAGAAAGCUUUUAGAGCUAAAUUCGGAGAUGGUUUUCUCUUCUCUUCCAGUGAAUCAGUUCGAUUCACACAACUGGCAGCAGCAAGGAAACACACAACAGCUAGAUCGUGUCACAUCUGACCAGAACCCUAGUUACAAUUUACCACAGUUCUCAUCACCGCCGGCUUCUCAGGCUGGCUCGAGCCAAGCCAGGGUGAAUUCAAUGGUGGAACGUGCUCGGAUCGCGAAGAUCCCAUUGCCUGAAGCAGCUCUAAAGUGCCCUAGGUGUGACUCCACCAAUACUAAGUUCUGUUACUUCAAUAACUAUAAUCUUACUCAGCCUCGCCAUUUCUGCAAGACGUGUCGCCGGUAUUGGACACGUGGCGGUGCACUGAGGAAUGUUCCUGUUGGAGGAGGCUUUAGGAGGAACAAGAGAAGCAAACUCAACGGUGGAAGAUCGAAAGCGACGGUCGUGGUUCCGGCUGAUAACAAUAAUACUACUUCAUUGCUUCCUUGUCAACCAAGUUACUCAAACCCUAGCAAGUUUCUUAGCUACGGCCAAAUGCCAGGGUUUAAUUCCAACUUGCCCAUAUUGCCUCCUUUCCAAAGCCUUGGAGAUUACAAUCCAAGUGGCAUUGGAUUGGAUUGGAGUUCUAGUGGUGGGAUCUUGGAUCCUUGGAGAAUAUCUUUAUUGCAACAACCUCAGCAAUUCCCUUUCUUGAUUAACACGAAAGGGUUGGAGCAAUCUUCAAAUGUGAUGUAUCCAUCUUUAGAAGGCAAUGGAGGUGUUAACCAUGCUAAACUUCAACAAGAAAGUAGUGAUUAUUCCAAUCAGCUAAAGUCUAAACCCUUGAUGGAUAUGGCUUCAAGUGGAGAUCAGGCUGUACAAGCUAGAUUUGUGAAGGCCGAAGAGAAUGAUCAAGGUGGGAACGGAGUGAGUAACUUAUCUAGAAACUUUUUGGGGAACAUGAACAUAAAACCAGUGGAGGAGAAUGAUGGAUACACAUCUUGGGGAGGUAGUAGCAACAUUAGUAGUUCAUGGACUGGUUUCACCUCCAACAACUCAACAGGCCAUCUCUCAUUCUAAGUAUGCAGCACUAUUGUUGAUGAUUAUUUUGUUGGUUGGGUUAUACAUGGAUCGCUUGUCAUGGGAGCUAUAUAUAUUACUGCGGAGAAAUCAGACCAUGGAUGAUGGAGCUAUAUAUAUGAUCCAAAGGCCAACUUUGGCGCGCAGGGGAAAGGUAUGGUUGUAGAAUUAUGUUUUCAAUCUUUUAGAAGAUAUUUAAAGUGUGAGUAUAUGUUUUAUCAAAAUUGGUUUUAUUGGCUAUAUAAAUGUAAGUGUGUCUCCUGUACGAAUCAAGGAGUUGUAGUGGAGACUUUUUUUAUGUGUGUGUUAUUGAACAAUCUAUCGAAUUCUCAAUUUCUUGUAACCCCUUUUACGAGAUGUAUAUAGAGCAUGUAAUAUAUGUCAAACAAAAUAAACAUAUUAUGUCGAAUA